AUGGCAACCCAGCAGGGACCGGCCCGCCGUAACGGCGUCAUUGGGUUCAAUAUGACGGGUGCCCCCACCCCCGCCAUCCCUAAGAUCGCCCCGCCCCGCAAUGGACCCAUUAGCUUCCAGAUGAUGCCUGGUCCUUCUUCGACUGCCUCUUCUUCUUCUUCUCUCAUCAACCAGGGUCCUCCGCACAGGACUACCCCCCUGGUGGGCCCCGCCACAGCCCAUUCUUCCCCCUUCAGUGCCCGACCAAGUCAGGCACAGCGCGAAGUUAGCGCUCUUAAUGAAAAGCUAAGCGAUGCUGAAGCCACUAUUUAUCGCCAGGAGAUGGAGUUGGACUGCGCCAGGUCCCAGGCCGCAUCGCUCCAAUCUCAAGUGGCCGAAAAGCGAAGUACUACUCGAUUUGUGGACCAGCAGCAAAUCAAUGCAAUGGUCCACCAGUCAAGUAGCAACCGUGCUCGCGAAUUUGAUGCUCAAUUCAAGAACAUCGACGACCAGUUGGACCAUGUGUCCGAGGAGCUCGAACGCGCCGAAGGCAACACAAGCGCCCUUCAACGUGUCAGACAACUCCUCGAAAAGGACCGUGCCGAUGUCCAGGAGUUGCGACGAGCAGUUGCAGCUAGUGAAUACAAUCUGCAGCGUCAAAAGCGCCUUGCUGGUGCGGAGGACCGAGUUAAAGGACUUCUUAAAAACAUGGAGAAAAUGCUUGCUGCGGCUAUGCAGGGCACAAGGGGAAGUCAGGUCCAGACUAGCAAGGCACCAAUUGCUGAGUCUGCGACCCCCCCUGUGGGCAUUGCGCGCCGCCGUGCCGUGGGAUGCCAGGAACCAGGCUCCCAGGGGCAAGCAUUUGAACCUCACCCGCAGGAGCUCGGCAAGGGAAAGGAACGUGGCCCGAGAUCGCUUGGUCCUGAGGAUCACAAGGUUGAUGGGUAUAUGAGCCUCGACGUUGAUGAUGUCGACUGCUCUAUCAGAUGUCAAUCGGAAAGCCCCAGCAUUCUUUCCGACGUUAUGUCAUUGGAUAGUCCCAGAUCAUCACGGGCUGGAUCACCCAUGGAUAUUACAACUGAAGCCACUGAACAAGAACUUGCCGCCCACAUGUUGCAGGCAGAUGAGUGGCAGGUGGGCGACCGAAAUGCAGCCGUGCAAAAAGCACCAGCUACCACCCUUACCAUAACUCCCCAGCAAGUGGAGACCAACGAUAUGAUGGAAAUCGACGACCAGCUCUUUUGUUCCGAAAUUGCAACCUUGAACGGCGAGGAUACUGACAAUAAGAUGGAAUGGGUUGGGGAGCCAGCACAUAUGAUCACAGUCUCCAACAAAGAUGACCCGGCGGCUCCGAGCCAGGCAUCUUGCGGUCAGGCCCCCCUCAUUCCCGCAGUGAAUACCAAUGCCGAUGAUGUCCUGAUGGUUGCUGGCCAGAUAUCCAGCGCCGUGAUUCCCCCAAAUCCCGCCAAUACCUGUCCUAUUCCGAUUUCGCCGCGCCUGUGUCACACAAUCGCAGAAGGCGUGGCGAUUGCCUGGGAAACCCCCAAGUUGCCGAGCGACCGCGCCCGCGUAUUCAAACGGCGGGACCGUUUUACCGGGAGCCGUCGCCGUUACGUGCGCCAGAGGGUGAUAGAAGUCGUCAAUCUCCCUGCACGGAAACGGAGAGCGGGCAUUGUCGGGUUCAAUGAGGACGAAGGACCAAACUGCAAGAAACGGAUCACGAAAGAGAUGGUUGAAGCCAAUGGAUCGCUUUUGCUUCCCCUUUCUAAGGGAUAUGUGAUGAACACAGCCCCGAAAGUGCCAGAAAUGAGUGUGCCAGCUGUUUCGCAGCCAGCUCAAUCUGUGCAUGUUUCAACAGAGGAAGUGCCCACCCAGGCAGUCAUGAGUGUGCCAGCUGUUUCGCAGCCAGCUCAGACUGCUUUGGAGUACACUGAGUCUGUUAUGACCGAUCAGACAGUCAUGAGUGAGCCAGCUGUUUCUCAGCCAACUCUGACUGUUCUGGAGUACACCGAGACCGUCUCGACCGAGCAAGUGCCCACUGAGGCAGCUAUGAGUGCGCCAGCUGUUCCCAAGCCGACUCAAGCUGUUUUGGGGUCCACUGUGCCCGUGUCCGGUGGUGUACUUGAGUACACUUCUCUCGCGUCAACUGUGUCCAUCCCAUCUGAUGGAGUUGUGGGUGCGCCUGCUCCUAGUGAGCCAGCCCCAACUAAGUCAGCCCAGGCUGAGCGAUCGUCAGCUGAGGAAGUUCUGAGUGUGCCUGCUGUUACUAAGCCGACUCUGAAUGAAUCAGACCUGACUUGGCAGACCGAGGAUGAGCUUGUUGUUCCGAACCUGCGGACCGGUACCCGUUCGCACCUCGAUGUGUUGCUUGCGAAGCGAGCGGCAAGGACUCAAGCUCGUCCUACCAUCAUGUCUUCUCCUGAGGGGUUGCAGGUCACAGCAACCUCUCGAAUUAUCUCCACCUCUUCCCUGGUCGCCAGUCCCGAAGACGCUUCGGUCAAGAAUGCCGUUGCAACAGGGACAGAUUCCCGUGCGGGGGUUUCGAAGGGUACCGAGAGGGUCGAGGACGCCGAAAACCCGACUUGCAGCGCUCAACAGACUGCAGGAGAACAGCGGGACGAAAUGGGCGGAGAAGAGGCAGCGACUUCUGGUCUUCAAAUGCCAGGAGCUUGGCCUUCCGACCCACCCGCCGUCACUGCGUCUGGCGAGUCAGACAUGCAUGAGGGAUCGGCUUUGCUGAGGGGGUUGUGGACAGGAGCUCGAUGGCUCUCCUUUGGUGUGUUCGUCAUGGUGAUGGUGAUGCUGCUGUCGUUCCCCCUGUGGGCAGCUCACCUUGGACACCUGGCUUACGCCUUGGAGGGCCCUGAACAGUUCCUGGAGGAACUGCGGUGGGAGCACGGGUAUGAUGUUCCGUUCGUGGAGCGGAUUGUCUAUGUUUUCCUCCGUUGUUUUGCCGGAGAUCGGACUUUGUUCGGUUAA